CUCUUCCUUUUGACUCCCACCAAUAAAAGCUUCUCUACAUUCAUCGCCGUCUCUCUUCAUAAUUACACAGCAUCACCUAUUUCUCACUAAUUUUCUUGGCUGAAGCUAAAAUGAGCAGAUUCAGAAGAUUCGAGCUUGUUGAACGUUCACCAUCCUACUUUCUCAAAGAAACCUCCAUUUUCUUAUGCCCACAAACUCUUAUGCCGAGCCCAUGUUUUCCCCCAUUUCCUGUCUUUGAACAGGACGAGCUUGACUUCACUCUCGACCUUUUGAACCCUACCGCAUCCCCACCUUUUGAUCUCCCUUCACCAUUCAGUGACUUUGAGAGCAUUACCAAUCUGAUCCAGAUGGAUAAAGCCCCGUUCUACACCUCAACUCGCCAAGUCAAGCGCAGAACUGGGCUUGCCUCGGAUUUGUACUUGCAAUCUCUCUGUGAUCGGGUUUCAGCUUUGGAGCUGGGGUUUGAUCGGCUGGUGAAGGCGGAGGAGAAGAAGAAGAAGAUCGGGGAGAUGAAGUACACAUGGACCGCGGAGAUUAAGAGUCCAGAGAAAGAAGGGGUCGAUAGGAAGUAUAAAUGGACGGCGGAGAUCAACGAUUCCAAGGGUCAGAAGAAAGGUUUGGAGAAGGGUUACAAAUGGAAGGCGGAGAUUAAGGGGAAGGGCCGGGAUUCCCCAAUUGAUCGGAUAUACACGAUUAAAGUGUCCAAUGCAGGUGACAUUAGCGGAUCGGAGAAGAAGAAGAAAGAUGAGAAAGCGAAAGGGAAGACAAGAUCUGCGGGGCCCACAACUCGCAUUGUUGAAAUUGAAGAACCAUCUGAUCAUGGGGGCAUUGUUUUAAGGCAGGCAUUUGCCAAGAGAGUGGAAAAAAUCAAAGGGAAGAGGAAUACAUUGUCUCCACUGGAUGCAGCGACACUGAUACAAUUGAACUUCAGGGCUUACCUUAUUCGUAGGUCACAGGCUCUGCGUGCACUUCGGGAACUGGCUAUUGCCAAGACCAAGUUGAAGGAGAUCAGGGCCUUGUUCAACAACUUCUCUUAUCGUCGUCACAUUUCCUGCAAUGCAGAAGAGCGCCAGAGGUUCUCGGAGAAGAUCAUUGUACUGCUUCUCACUGUUGAUGCCAUUGAGGGAGCUGAUUUGAUGGUUCGAUCUGCAAAGAAGUCUAUGGUGGACGAGCUGGAAGCAAUGCUUGAUGUUGUGGACCCCCAGUCUCGUGGAAAGACACUGUCCAUGAAGAGGACAUUUGAUAUGCCUGAUGGUGCCAUUAAUAAGGAACUUGCAGCUGGCGUUGCUCAGGUGAUUCAAAUGAUUGAUCAAGAGGCGAAUGGCUCCGAAAUUGAAGCAUGUUUGUAGGAAGAUGUAUCUUUUUUAAGUAUCGGUACUGUGUUAUUUCCGGCGAUGGAUAUCAUCUGAAGAGAUAUUCUUUACAAACUGAAAGGGGUUCAAGUCUUCCUCCUGUGCUUUUCUGUCUGUGGAUGCUAUAACUAAUCACUAUUUUUCGUUUUUUCGUUUUCAUUGCACUGUUCGCUGAUUGUUCCUUUCUAUGUGGACAUCAUGAGAUGCAUCGGUUGUUU